AUGACCGCCACAAGGUCGGACCCCAUAUUUUGGGAAGUUGGCGGAUAUAAGGCGAAUAUAAAACGAAUAAAGGAUGGAUCUGACCAUCUUGAUGAAUUCUCCAAGAUGAUUAAAGAGAGAGCGGAGAUUGAACAGAAAUAUGGGAAAGCUCUGCAGGCAUGGCAAUCCAAAUGGCUCACUUAUGUGGACCAAACAUUAAGUGACUCUGUAAUAAAGAGUCUCUGGUCUGAUUUGAUGGACGAAUCGAAGGAGUUGGCAAAAGUCCAUCUUCAAAUUCGAGAGAGAUGUCAGGACGAAUUAUUGAAGACAAUUCAACUGUUUAGGAAGGAGAAUUACCAUCAAUCGACGAUUCGAGGUUUUCGAGAGGCCAAAGAAAUCGACGAAGAAUUUGAGAAGGUAACGUUUAAUUUCAUUUUGAAGAGUUUACCAGUCCCGGCUUAUUUAUAUUUUUUUUGUUAAAUAGUGGCAUAGGUUUUUUGGGUGUGAAAAUGGUCCAUUCGACUCAUUUCGAAAUUUCCUUUUUCUUUUUUCUAUUUUUUAACUAGCGUUUAUAGUUAUUUUUUUAUUUACCUUAGUAGCUUACAGGCCCAGCGACCAUGGAAAAAGCUCUUCGAGAAAAUGGAGUCGUGCAAAAAGGCUUAUUACACGGCUUGUCGGACCGAAAAGUCAACUGCGAUACAGCUGGUUAACCUCAAAGGAGACGCAUCAACAGCUAAUGAGAGCACUGACAAAUUGAAAGAAAGGCUUACCAGAUGCGAGGAAGAAGUUAAUAAGACUAGAACGGCAUAUAAAAACGCAUUGACCGAGCUCAGCGGAUAUUCUGCGGUUUACAAUGAGAACAUGGCAUUUGUGUUCGAGAAGUGUCAGCUGAUGGAAGUGAAGAGAGCCAGAUUCCUCCUAGAAAUGCUUUCCGGAUUUCAACAAAUUUUGAUCGACCUUUUGAAUCCUCCCAGGUAUGUUUCUUCAUUAUUUUUAUGCGUUUAGAUGAAUUAUUCUUCAAAUGCGUUGAUUUUUAGACUUGUCCAAGUCCAUGACAAUUUGGCCAACAGGUUCACAUCAACCGGAGAGAAUCGGAUUAAAGAAGACUUGCAGAAGUGGUCUGCUCUUUUUGGCGUAGCAUCGCCUUUAAUUGUCCCGACAUACGAAGAAUAUACUCCGGAAAUGAGACAAAUAACCAGUAAUGGAACAGGAAAGGGAUCCGAAGGAAGAGACGAAAGCGGAGGGGUCAUUCUAAUGAAACAAAAGAUUACCUCAGAUGAAUUGCCUGGAACUCCCACUAUUGCUCACAGUCUGGAAAGACAAUCUGCCCUCCAGAAGUAUCCCGAGAACCGGAGAUCCACACUUUCGCAGCAGAUAUCGCAGACAAGUCAUGUACAGAAGAAGCUCAGGAAAGACCUGAAUGAAUCUCCUAAAAUGGCCAGAGCGAACAGCACUGACACGCAGGUGGGACCUCUUUUUUUACAGUUAUUGAGCUCUGGGUUUGAGAGAUUACUUUAAUCAAAAAUGUUUUUGUUUAACGCCUAUAUUAAGGCUGAAGUAUUAGCCCAGUUAUGGUUGGAUCAUAAUAUAAAAUAGAGCUGGGUUUGUGAAUCGGGCAUUGUUUGUAAUGACCUAACAAUAAGUAUGAUUAUUUAAGGUGAAUAUGCGAGAAAGUGAAGGUUCAUCGAUCCGUUCGUUUCAUGCCUCCAGAAGUCUCGACUGUUCGUCUGCUGAUAGAUAUUCCUUGUCCCGCAAGUCUGAGAGUAUUGAAGAAGAGAUCACUAUCCUUGAUCGAACAUUGACCAAAUCGUCCAGCCCUUGCUAUGAUAAACAAGAAGAGAAUCAAGAGAUAGAAUCAAGACAUGUUGUGGAGAAUCCAUUCGCAGAUCCCUUCCCUAUGCCCACACCCAACAGAGCAUUAAUGCAGGCAUCUGGAGAUGCCUUUUCCCCGAUUAAAAGACAUCAGAAGAAUGGAUUGGGAGCUUCCUUAACUUCAAUGUUAGCGUUGGAAAAGAAGCAGACUGACAAUACACAAGAUAUCAUUAACAACGCGUAUCAACGACCGUCACCUCGGGCACAGAGUGAUAGUGGAAAUAGCAAUGGAUCUAACGAGAGUGAGAACCAGCAGAUGCCCAGAGGACCGGCUAAAGUGUUAUAUGACUAUUGCCCCAUAGAAGACGACGAAAUUCCCUUGGCCAAAGGUAGGUUUCUUCAUGUUACGUGAUUAUUAUAUAAAUAAUAAAUAAUAUUUGUUUUCUAGGCGAGGUCCUCGAAGUUCUCCAUGGCCCUGAUGAUCUGGGAUGGUGUUACGGUCGGAAAGGAGUGCUCCAAGGGCUGUUCCCUGCCAGCUAUGUUUCCCCGAUGUGA